UUCUCGUCAUGUUAUCUUAUCGCGAAAGCUCUUUUCGAAUUAAAAUAUAAACUAGGCAUUAUUCAAUUUUACAUAUUGUAUAGAAACCACCAUGUUAAUGUUUUAAUGAUGCUUCAAGUUAUAAUAAUGUUCUUGUGACAAGUGCAAACGGUUUUACGUACUUUAUAACAAUGAUUUGAACACUGUUGUUACUUACAUGUGAUUUUGUUGAUGGAAAUCGUCAUGCUUGACUGAAGCUUUUCUUUAUUUAUUGAAUGAAAUAAAUAACUGCCAAAAUGGGUUCUCAAUCAUAUCAUCAGCGGGAGAUGGAGGAACGGAUCAGAAAGUUUGACAGUGCGUGUGUUGCCGCAGUGCGUCAUAUUGGACAUUUGCAAGAGCAAGCAAGAAGCUUCCUGGGCCAGCUAUCAUGUGAGCCGCGAGAGUUCAAACACCGCUUUCUGCAGUGCAGCAGACAGCUAGACGAAUUCAUGUAUGCCGUCACGGACUUCAACCUGGCAGCAAGCAGUUUCGAUACCAACAGUGCUAAGAUGGAUAUAUAUCACCCGGUACCACCAAAAAACCAGAAGCAUCCAAGUGAAUUAUCGUCCUCUCACUCUAAUACACCAUCUCACUCUAACAUGCAAAAGUUACAAACAAAAGAUAGAAAAUCAUACAACCGAAGAGAGAAUAAAGGAAUGAAUAAUACAAGACAAAAAUAUAAGAGAGAGAAUUGGAGAGAGAGUACUUUAGGUUCUAAUGGAAGAGAUUUGAAUAAAAUGGACGGAAAUGAAACAGUUGUGGAGAGAAAUGAAGAUUUAACUGAUACAGGGUGUCAACCUGUGGGCCUGCCUCCGCAACCAAAGUUGGACCCAUUAACUCACGAAGCUACUAUUGUGACUGUGGAAGGGGCCCAAUUAUGGAUAGUGGCCGACGAUACUUCGUUCUUCAAGCUUAUGGAAGAAAUGUUGAAUUAUUACCAAAAUAGAGAAAUGGCGGAAGAUUUCAUUCCUAAAAGCGUUUGUGCUUACUAUGACGACACCGAAACUAAGCACUACCUCAGAGCGCUCUACAUUACUUCGGAGGAUGGUGAUCCAGAAGUGUUUCUCGUGGACACGGGGGAAUUUCAACCAGCUACCCAAAGUCGGCUGUACCCUCUCGCCCCGCAGUUCGCAACCACCCCGCCUUUGGCUCAUCUCUGUUAUUUAGCUGACGUAGACCAGACGGAAGAUAAACACUUAGAAGACAGACGAACAGAGUUUCUGCAAGAAUACUUGGGGCAACGACACAAAAUAAAACUCGUGGAAGACUUCAAUGAUGACGGUUCGUUGCAGUCCCUGGGUGUUUACGUGUUCUUAGACGACGGCACUACUCUCAAUGAGCGAGUGCAAGCACUUGAUUCGAACGAUCCUGAAUUGAACAAUAACUGUAAAACCAGUAUUGACAAUGAAAGCAUAUGUUCUUUGACUGAAAUAAAUAAAAUGAAUGGCCACACACAAAAUGAUAAAACCAAACCUGAUGAAAACGAAAGUAUAAAUGUACCAAACAAAUCUAAUGAAAAGAUUGGUAAAGAUAUUUGUACCGAAAGAAAAAUUUCUGAAGAAAAUAAAAUAAUGUUAAAUGAAGUAAAUACACCAUAUACAAAUUCUCAAGAAAAUAAAAUAAUGUUAGAUGUAAUAAAUACAUCUGAUGAAGAAAUUGAUAAAUACACAAAUUCUGAUGAAAAUAACAUAGAGACAGAUGAAAUUAAUGAUAAAAGUGUCAAUGAAAUGGACCUAAGAUCUGAUGAAGAAAGGGUCGAAGAAUUGAAGGCGAUAGAAAAUAUAAAUUUGGAUGAAAUGAAAUAUAUAGAAUAUGAGAAUGCGGUUGAAGCUGUCACGGGUUAUAACAACAGGGAUGAAAUGGACAUAUGCAAGCAUUACAGAGGGGGCGACAGUUGCUUCAAGGGGAACCGAUGCAACAAGCGACAUGUCAAAAUACACCCAGACGGCUGGACGCUGGACCGCGUGUCCGUACAUGUCAAGUGUCCGUCCCCGCCCCUCCCCCCGCCGGGCACGUGGCACAAGGUCAAGGUCACGCACGUGGAUGACACGUGUCAGUUGUACGUGCACUUUGAAGGCCCAGAGGAGCCUAUGUCUCUAGCCGACCUCGUGGAUGAAAUGUCCCUCGCCGCCGACAAUUCCGGACCUUUAAAGUUAGUGCCGGCGCCUGGCGAGUUAGUGUCGGCGCCGUAUGAAGGCAGCCACUACCGCGCGCGAGUCAUUGCGUCACACGGCCAAAUAGAGGUAUUUUACAUAGACUACGGCAACACGGCGACCGUGUCAAUAUCCGGUCUCCGGCCGCUCGAGCCGCGCUGGCUGGCGCUGCCGGCGCGCGCCGUGCCGUGCCGGCUUGCUGGCGUGUCCGUGUCCAGCGUGUCCGUGUCCGAGACGCUUAAGGAUUUAGCGUUGAACAGGACUAUGCAGGCACAAAUCAUUGCUCGAGGCCUCGACGAAGUGACAGUGAAAGUGAUCGACGCGGACGGAUUCGACGUCGGCGAACAACUGGCCGUGUUCGCCGAUAUCACCCUACAGCCUUAUGACGUAGAACAUGACGAGCGACGUUGCGUCCUCGUGCCGGCUUAGCCGAACAUUUGAGGUUAGCUUUACAUCACUUAUAUAUACAACUGGCCGUGUUCGCCGACAUCACCCUACAGCCUCACGAUAUAGAACACGACGAGCGACGUUGCGUGCUCGUGCCGGCCUAGCCGAACAUUUGAGGUUAGCUUUAUAUUACUUAUAUAUACAACUGGCCGUGUUCGCCGACAUCACCCUACAGCCUUAUGACGUAGAACAUGACGAGCGACGUUGCGUGCUCGUGCCGGCUUAGCCGAACAUUUGAGGUGCAGCACAUGACCAACGAGAUUGAUUAGAAAACCGAAGAUUUAUUUUAGUUUUGAGACAAACAAAAUAUUAAUUAAGUGUUAUGCCGGCUGUACAGACUCGUCCAGUGAGAGCAAUACGAGUGUGUACAUAUUGCUUCUUUCUCGUCUCGUCUUGGGUCGGCUUUUUGCUGAGACUUGCCUGCUUUCGGACGGAUUUGCUGGCGAGAGGCUCUCGACGAUUGUAUACAGCCGGCAUUAGUUUUAAAGUACAUGUAAUAAUAAAAACCAUUAAUAAUAAUUAGUUUUUAAGCAAUAAUGGUGAGUUUCUUGCGGCGUUUCUUCUCACCAAAUAUCAAUUUCCGAAGCGCUGGUAGGCCAGACAUGUAAAAUAAUUAAAAUAAGUUUUAUACUUUUAUAAAAAAAA